GUUUCGAAAACGAAGAAGGAGAGAUAUGAAAAAGUAUCUGCAGGGCAAUUGACCCGAUGGAUUAGGGGAGCUAUUCUUAGAGACCACAAUUACUCCGCCAGUGCAACUCCUGUUAACAUUGAUCAUGAUCAAGAAUUGCCAAAUUUAAAUAUACUGGAAAGAGAGGAGGUGGUGGAUGGGGGAGAAGUGACUACAUCUGAGGAUUGGAAGGAGGGAAGGAGAGUGGUAGAACUUGGAGUGUUAGCUGAGGGCUUGCGGGGAUGUUGUAAAUGUGGCUUACCAUUGCAACUUUCACACACAAUUUCUGUACUGACACAUGGUUUAGCUUCUUUGUUAAAGGUCUGUUGCAGCAAUACAAAGUGUAAUCAUAUUAACCAUGUAAAAACGGGGAAAAAACAUGGAAAAGUGUGGGAUGUAAAUACAAAACUAUCAGCAGCAAUGGUACAUGUUGGCAUUGGUGUAACUCAAGUUAACAGUCUCCUUUCUGAGCUGAAUAUACCACCUGUUAGUCAUGCCAUGCUAGACAAUAGACAGAAAGAGAUUGGCAGAGCUGUCCAAGAUGUUGCUGCAGAGUCUAUGUCUAAUGCUUUGCAGAAGGAACUGGGAAUGAUGAAUGAAGAGAUGAAUGAAAAGGGACUAGUUGUUGCUGUAGAUGCUGGAUGGCAAAAACGGGGAAGUGGAAAGACAUAUGAUAGUUUGUCAGGUCAUUGUUCCAUGGUUGGCCCUCUCUCUGGCAAAGUAUUGUCAUAUUCUGUGAGGUCAAAGAAUUGCAGAGUAUGCAGUGUAGCUGAAACAACCAACAAGAAUCCAGCAGCCCAUGAGUGCUCAAAGAACUGGGAGGGAAGUUCAAAGGCCAUGGAGGCAGAUAUGGUUAUUGAGAUGGUAGAAGAUUUACAGAAAAGUGAAGGAAUAACCAUUGACGGAAUCAUAGGAGAUGAGGAUACCACCACAAUAGCAAGAUUAAAAACUAAUGUCAAUGCUAAUAUCAAGAAGUUGUCUGAUAAAAAUCAUCUGAAGAAACUGUUUACAAACUCUUUGUUUACCUUGAAGAAAGAACAUUCAUCUCUAACUUUGUCUGUUAUAAAGUAUAUUCAAAAGUGCUUCAGUUACUCCAUAGCACAGGGAAAAGGAAAUGCUCUUCAAAUCCAAGAAGACCUCUCAUCAAUACCAUACCACAUCUUUGGAGAUCACGAACACUGCUCCGCACGGUGGUGCAAGUUCAUCGACAACCCUAACCUGCGCUACAAGUCUCUUCCACAUGGAAAACCGCUCAAAGAUAGGUUCCUUCAGGAUGAUCUCAAAGAAGUUUUCAGUUCAUAUGCAAGUCAUUCUGAUCGUCUUUCAUGUUUAGGAAGCACGCAAUCAAAUGAGAGUUUUAACAGAAUGGUGUCUGCAAAAGCCCCAAAGACCCAUCAUUACAGCUCCUCUUCAAGCCUCAGAUAUAGAGUUGCUGCGUGUGUAGCUCAGAAAAAUGAAGGUCACAGAUAUCUUAUAAAGGUGAACAAGAAAUUAGGCCUCUCUCCUGGCUACUAUACUCGAAGACAGUGCAUUCUGAGGGAUCUCCAAAGAAAACGACAGAAGGCCAUUUCAAUGACACAGAAAUUUAAAAGGAGAAGGAGAGAAUUGAAAGCCAAGAGAAUUCAAAGUCUUUCUACAAAAGAGACAAGGGAAGGCGUCAGUUAUUUGACAGGAUGUGAUCUCCACCAUGCCUCGGACAUUGAUGAAAUUCCAGCUCCAAAAACAAUUCCAAAGUAUGAUCAUCUUCCUUCAAGUCAGUUGUUAAAUGCUGAAGAGAUCUAUUUCGACUUGGAAACUACUGGACUCGCAAGGGAUUCUCAUAUUGUGCAGUUAUCUGCAGUUAGAAAUGAUGAGGUAUUCAACAAGUACAUCAUUCCAAAAAAACCAAUGACAUCAAAAGCUACAGAAAUAACUGGAAUACAAGUAGUCAACAAUAAAAUGUACCACAAUCAUGAGGAAGUUGAGACAGUCAGCAUUAAAGAUGCUCUGAUCCAGUUUAUGGACUUCAUGAAGAUGUCGGGUCCAGAUGUUGUUCUAGUUGGGCAUAACUCUAAAGUGUUUGACCUUCCUGUGCUCUUCAACAUUUUGAGUAAACUAAACAUUUUGGAGACAUUUUCAUCUGCAGUCACUGGCUUCAUUGAUACAAUUCCUCUUUUCAAAAUGUCACAUCCAAACCUUUCGUCAUACUCGCAGUUACACCUCUUUGCAGAAAUUCUACAAGACAAAUACAGUGCGCAUGACUCAUUACAGGAUGUCAUAGCCUUGAAGAGAUUGGUCGAUCAUACAGGACCCUCCCAUGAAGUCAAAGUUGCUGCAUCCUUCACCUUGAACUCUGCCGUUGCCGUGUUUCAUCACAAGAACACAACAAAGCAUCUAAUGAGUACACUAAGGCCUUUAUUGGACCAAAAGGUAAUUUCGAAUGGAAUGGGAAAUAAGAUUGCUGGCAGUGGACUCUCCUUAUCCCACUUACAACUUGCAUAUCAGAGAAAUGGUAGGGAGGGAGUGCAGGAUGUGCUGUCAGAGAUAGCUGAUAAUAGUGUGCGUGUGACAAAAUCUAAAAAAAUCAUUGAUUCUGUUGCAGAUUAUUUCAGGUCUGAGCAGUAA